AUAUCUGUUUAUUAUCAAAGACUGGACAUUGCGUGAAAAUAGGUGUAAAUAGCCUACCUGUUGUAACUUUUACUCAUUGAAUUUUUUAUAGUAGCGUCAUAAUAAUGACUUAAAUAACCUGUGAAGUCAUUUGUUUUGUUUUAGAACUCAGAUGACAAAAAUCCAUCCUUCCCUAAACGAGUGGUAGGCUACAUGUGCAUCGUUUCUCUAAAAAAAUCCCAAAUCUCCCACAGCACGUGAAGGCAGCAGGACAGUGAGCAGGUAGAGAGUGUCAAUGAGAUCCCAGGGGAGAGACAGAGAGACAGAGAGACAGACAGUCCGGGAGGUAGACAGACUUUAGGGACGGUGUCAUAACUGUACACGGUGUCUCUCCACUUUAUACACUUUAAAUGGAGCUCACGAGGAGUUUGGACCACUUUUAUUCCGUACUUUUUUUCUUGUAGUCUGUAUAAUCGCUGAUGAUUUUGAUAAACAAUUCAUUUUUUCUCCCCUCAGUGUUCUUCAGGAGGAUCGGAUCUAAUUUCUUACAGUGCAGAGGAGCCACUGAACUCAGGGGAAUGCCUGGUGGUGAUUUUUUACAGCGAAUAAGUUGAUGUGUCUUGUUAGAGAAGUUAAGCUCAGCAUAAUUACCGAGUUACACGUGAAGUAAGGCAACGGGUCCAUUUGCUUUUGGUUAAUAAUUAGUGCUGAAUUUCUUCGAGGAUUUAUUUUUCGCAACUCUUUGGGUCGUAAAAAAAUAUUACCCAACUUUUUUUUUUUUUUGGCAGUGCACAAUCUGUCACCAUGCCUCAGAAGUCCCAGGCGGACACCUGUAACACAGCCUUUGAAGUUCAACCUCUUCUUCUCUUCUUCUCUUGUGGAAUUAUGCAGAAAACGUGGCGCCUGCAGGAUGUGCUAUCUUGUGAAUGUGAGGUUCAGUGACUGGUGCACAGUAAUAGUUUGGAUACGGAUGAAGAUUGAUAUGCCUGCUCUUCUUCUGGGAGAGGAUACAGCAGCUCAACUUUAACCAAAUGAGGACAUUUGUUGUGUAUGUCCUGCAGACCAAUGCACACUUCAAGCUCCCGACACAACACGGCGUGUCUGCACGGUGCCUCUGAGCAUGCACACACAUUAAUGACACUGGAGAAAAGUUGAUUGUAUCUCGGAAGAUAUCAGGCUUUAUUUGCUCCAUGUGCGCACUGAGAGGCAUUUCUAUAAAGUUUGAACUCUGGUGCUGAAUGGAAGUUUUGAGUUAUGAUGGCAGUCCUCCUCCAGCUUUAAAAGGAUCUGUUUAGUCGGAAAAGAAAGAAGAAGAAGAAGAAGUGUGGACGUAUAACUAUCUCUAACUCUUCUCUCCGUCUAUCUAUCCGCGGGUGCUCGCCUUGCUUUGAAGUCCACCAUGUGCGGCCGGGCACCGCCGCUGCAGCCGAGGCCAUGACCGUCCCUCAGCGGCGCCUGGCCGGGCUCUGGCCGUGGCUCUGGCCGUGGCUGCUCAUGGCGGCCCUGCAGGUGGUGCUGGGCCAGCCGGGCCUGGAGUCCGAGCGGCCGGCCCUCCGAGCGCUCAUCAAGGUUGCACUGCUGAACCACGAGCCGGCGGGGAAACCCAUCACUCUGGAGGGGGUGUUCGUGGGAGGAAGUGCCGGCUACGCGGAGGGGAAACUAAUGCAGUAUCACCCUCUGUCUCUCUGCAACACGAGCGAGGAUGAACGACAAGAGAGCGACUUCAUCACCAUCGUCAAACUGGAGCACAGGGUACCCCGCUGUCUGCCGCUGCUCGAUAAGGCUCGCAUGGCGUUGAACAAAGGAGCUCAGGCUGUUAUCUUUGAUGUCAGCGAUGAUGCCAACGCUGCUGCUGAGCUGCGAGAAACCGACUCCCUUCCCCGUCCAGUGGUGCUGGUGGAGGCGGAGGACGCAGAGGAGUUGAUGGGUCUGGUCAACAAGAACGAGGAGGCCAAAGUUCGUAUUGAGAUCAUGGUGGAGCAGCCUAGAUGGCCACAUUAUGAUGUGGGUAUCCUGCUCACCAUUGUCCUAGCCAUUGUGACCGUCGUCCUAAUCUUUGCUUUCCGCUACAAGUGCAAGUCCAACAGGACCUGGGACUCUGUCCAUCAGCAGACCAUGCGGGCCAUUAGUCGACUGGAGACCAAAACCUACAGCUCCCAGGGCUGCUCGGGCUCCCAGCGUCACCGUGCCAACUGGGGGUCAGCCAGCAGCUCCAACUCCAGCCCCGUCUGUGCCAUCUGCCUGGAAGAUUUCCAGGACGGGCAGCAUUUGAGGAUCAUCUCCUGUGCUCACGAGUUCCACAAAGACUGCGUCGACCCUUGGCUGCUACAACACCGCACCUGUCCCCUCUGCAUGCACAACAUCAUGGGGACGGAGCGGCAGGCCCAGAGGAACCGACUCCAGCAGAGUCCAGAGCAAAGCCAGGGUUUCCUGCACCCUCAGCCUUACAGUGGCCCACGCAACCACCCCUUCCCCCAGCACGCCAUCCCCUUCUCUAUGAGGCCCCACUAUCCUCGUGGACCCUCUGGACCUUACCCAUCUCUGGGCCACUACUCCGGCCCUUCUCCUGUUGACGCCCAAACACUACGUUUCCUCGCCAGCAGGCCGCUUGCCUCCGGCUGUGGGUACCACCUUCCUGCAGAGGGUCCCGGGAGGCCCCACAGGAUGGGAGCUAACUGCAGGACUUCCACCCACCACUACACGCCCCGUCGGCCCUGUCACAACUAUCGCUCAUCCUGUACGGCCCAGCGCAGCGCGUCCAGCUCCAGACUGCACCACGUCGCCUCCAACACGCCACAGCCCCGCGGAGCGCCAGCCCACAGCCGGCAGGACGACGGCAGCUGCUCGGGUGGCAGCUACCACACGGAACGCAGCGGAUACUUGGCCGAUGGGCCGGCGAGUGACUCCAGCUCAGGGCCGUGCCACGGCUCCUCCAGCGACUCAGUUCUCAACUGUACUGACGUGUCCCUGCAAGGAAUUUAUGGCAGCUGGUCCACCUUCCGUAGCUCUCUGAGCAGUGACUACGAUCCGUUUGUGUAUUACGGGCCGGGUUCUGGGCGCGCCCCUCGCAGGAACAGCCUGGAGGCCGGUGCCCAGGCCCGGCCCAGGUCUCUGGAUUCUGUGGUGAACAAAGCGGGCUGCCCUGAAGAGCAGCCGCAGACUGUGUUCAGCCACAUCCACUACCACCGCCACAGACACCACCACUAUGAGGAGGGGGAGCACAGCCAGGGCCCGAGCAGAGGCUCGGACGAGGAGCAGGGGGCCGCCGCUGCCGCUGCUGCAGCCGCACCUGCUGCUCUUGUCCCGGACAAAGACUCGCCUGUCUGCCCUCCUAAGCACGGCCCCUGCCAGUGCCCAAAGCCAGACCCCACAGAUCGGCCCAGUGCUGGGACUGAGUGUCAGGACCAUGACCCCGGCAGCCCCGCAGGACCUCCUGUCCUGGUGUCCCCAAUCCCUUUACAGCUUCAACCCCACUGCUGCCACCAGGGACACGGACACCCUCCCGCUCCUCUCGGGCGAGUGGGUGGCUGUGUGCUUGACGGCCCCUCUGUUCGCUUCCACCAGAGCCUAGAUCUGCAGGACGACCGUAGCAUCCACAUCCACUACGGUCAGGGCCCGGGCUUCUGCUGCUCCCCUCCCGAGCUGCACCCCGCCUUGCUCCCCGUGCCCCUCAUUAUGGACUCUGGGGGUAUGGAGGACUGGCCUUGCUAUGCCGGGGCCCACGUUGUGUGGCAGAAGCGGGUGCAGCAGGCCCGCUCAGAGCCUCAGCUGUUGGGGCCUGGGACCUCUACGGACAGGCCGCCCUGCAGGUUCCACCACGGCCCUGCUGCUGACCGCAACACAGACAUUUGUUUGUACUGCCAAACAUUACACCACAAUCAGGGAUCAGAAGAGGAGUCUGGUGUGUGAGAACUUGUUGCAUCCCCAUUAUUAUCACGCUGCUACACAGGAGCCAGAACGGACAAGCCUCUCAUUGGCUAUAGCUCUCAUGUCUUCCACAUAAUUCCACCAGCAAUGCCUUCGUUUCAGACGAUUCCCCAGCUUCCCCCAGGAUCCAAAGCUCACGUGAAAAACUCUCUCAGCCGAGUUAGAUUGAAAUGAUUGUGAUUAAAUCAUGCAGACAUUUUAGAACCCUUCAUAAUGUUGUAUAUGAAAAAUAUAUUGAAUGAUUUCGGAGUUGCUGGGGAAACGACUCAAAGGGGAAAAAGUGUUUUUCUGUGUUUCUCCUCGUCAGUUAUAGGAAGAAUAUUCAUUACCGAUAUUGCAAGUUCCCAUGCUCCUUAGUGACAAGCAACGAAUGAUCCUUGCUUAGGGUGUUGAGCCCUCAUGAAGUGAGACUCCAUCUCUGCAUCGCUCACUUGAUCUAUUUUAGAGGUACUUAACUUUCUUCGUCUUCCUUCGCUGAGUCCAGCCUCAGCUGAGAGAAGCGUUUCUCUCCAGCCUACCUCAGCUCAGAUUUCUUAACAUGCCUCACACAGGGGGGUCUUUAAAGGUACUGCUGUAGUGAUUUUAUUUUUAUUUUUUGGUCACAACCAUGUAGCUCCCAUAAACUCAACAAAAAGUUGUCAGUCUGACCUGUCCAAACGGAGAGAAAGGUUGACGCUCAGCCCCUCAAACAACGAGCAUUCACCGAGGUCGCUGAGCCUUGCAUGGGCCUUGUUUUCAUUAUUUCAAUAAUGGCAGCUGUUUUCAACAAUGUUUGUUUGUGUUUUGGAUCAUUUUCUGUUUUUUGUAGUCUGUAAUUAUUAUUUUUUUAACCUUUCAAAACGAACCGGUUUGACUGAAUUAUGUCGUCGUCAUUACAAGCUCUUGUUCUUGUCAUUUCUCUUGCCAGUGGUUACUUCACUUGUUUGACCUCAGUGCUGUUUAAACCAGCCAAUUAGACUGUUAUCAGUUCAUUAAAUAGGCGUUAUCAGUCGCUAUAAGCCCCAUAGAUGUGGGUCAAUAGGGGCCUACUACACCCACUAGUAGGUUUUUAUCAUCUAUUCACAUG